CGGAAGAACCUGGAGUCAGCUCACUCCGCCUCUUCCUGGACGCUGGAGGAAAAUCAGCCGGGAGACCCGGGAGUUCUUGUGUGUUUUGCCAUGGCAGCCGAGGCCAGGUGGUGCUACCGGGGGGAUCCCCAGGAGGAACAGCGCGCUCCGCUCGUUCAGUUUACAAAUGGGAAGUUGAAGAGUUCAGAAAAUAUGGAUUUUACCUUGUACAGAAACAAAGACACCAAUAACCCCAAAAAGAAAAAUAAACGAAUAUUGAAUGUGGAAACAGAAAGACUCUCCUAUGUAGGAAAUAACUUUAGCACAGGAGCUAUGAAAAGCAGGACUCCAUGCAGAUAUUUUGUUGGUGUAUUAGACAAGAACUCUGGACAAAUGGAAGUCUAUAAUGCAGAGUUAUACAACAUGCAGCCAUUGAUUUCAGAUGGUGCAGCUGAUGAUGACCUGUCAGAAUAUUUGACUAAAUCCUAUCGAGAGAAGAUAGAUAUGUGCAUUGAAGCCUUUGGAACCAACAAGCAGAGAAGAGCCCUGAACUCUCGGAGGAUGAAUCAAGUUGGCAAGGAGGUGUUGAAUAAGGCUGUAACGAAAGCGGCAGAAGACAUUAUAGAGACAAAGGGGGUUGCUGCUUUGGUCAGCGAUGCAGCAGAGGGUGAUAAGGCCGAUGUCUCUCUUGUUCUUCCCCCAUGCCAUGAAGAUGCUGGCAGACCAGAUGAUGUCUACAAGCUCGAGGACAUUAUUCCACCUGCUGAGUAUGAGGCGCUUCAGGCUCCUGCUGCAGCUUUCAUGAACGUAACCUCAGAAGAAAUCCGCAAAAUGGCAGAAGAGAAAAGAUUCUGCUCCUUUGUCCUGGAUGAACUUAAGGCCAUGCCUCUGGAUGAGAAGAGGCGGGAUCACAAAGCUCGAUGUCUUUGGUUUUUGGAUUGUCUUGUCAAGCUGAGCUCGCAAAGGGUAGUUAAAAAGAAACUUCCACUGGGACCCGAUUGUCCACACAUUGUCAGCAACCAACUUGUGAAAACCUUUACAGCACUAUCCUUUGGCAACGGCAGGCUACAGAAUCAAGUUUCUGCUUCCAUGAAAGUGAAGAUUACGGCCUAUGCCAUAGCGCUGGCUUUGCAUAUUAACAACUUCCAAACAGACCUGACAGUGUUACAGCGGGACCUGAAAAUGCGGGAUUCCAGGAUACUCGACAUUGCCAAGGCAAUGAGGCUGAAGAUCUCCAAAAGCAAAAGCCUCUCUGGAUUUGAUGAACACAAACUGGGGACACUCUCUUUGCCCUUGCCUGUUUACAAAGCGCCAUCAGGCGGAAGGAAACGCAGGGCGAACUAAAUGGCGACUGUCACUCUUUGUCGAGCCCUGAGUGUCACACUAGGCUGAAAGAAUGGUCUUCCGGUUGUUGCAACUGAGCACCUUCUUGAACUGGACAAGGCCUUAAUAAAGGAUUAGACCAACACCUGCUCUUGUAGAGCGAGUUUUAGUCGAACAGCAACUCAGGACCCAAUUUUGAGAAACAUUGCCAACGAGCAGCACUCAAGAUUCUCUUGGUCCAGGAGUAGGGAGUGGGGAAAGCUGUAUACCCCAACUGUAGCUGGAAGGCCAGGAACUAUUCAUCCCUGUCCUGUCUUUUGUCAUCACUUUAGCCUUUUCCACACUAUACCCUAGGCCCCUACCCACCCGACUCCUGGUGUUUAUAGAGGCGCUCUCCUGUCCCCUAGACCAUGCUUUCCCACCUCAUCACUUCACAUAGUUGGGACUCGUACCAAAAUAUUCUUGUACCCAAGGACCCCUGUUCCACUCCCUCUCAGAGCUAACUUCUAUAAGUUCAUGCUUUCUGGUACUCUAACAAAGGUAUCUACCGGUACUAUAUGCAAGUUGUUACAGAGGUGCUGCGACUACUCUAGAGUAACGACUCUCCAAACCGUUGCCUUUUCAUGCUUUUAUUGUGUGCAGGCUAUUUACAGUGCUAGAGCUGUACAGGAUACAUGUUCUCAGUCUGGGUCAGAACCCUGGAAUGGCGCUUCCCGCGUUUUCUUCCAACAUAAGUCUGGGCACCUCAAAUCUCUUUCCGCGUUUCCUCCUGCGUAAUUCCGGAACUGGAGGGAAAGAGGUUCUCCUUUCCCUGUUUUCCUUCUCCCCCCUUUUCCCCGCUCU